AUGUCUUUGACCAGCUUCCAAGCCAAAAGCAAGAUAGAGCGAAUGUGCAUACAUCCAACCGGAGAAGAUUCCAAAAAUCUAUCCCAAGUGCACCCACGCCGUAUUUGCGAAGAGCUUGAGAUGUCUGAUCAUUUGUUGGAUAUCUUACAAAAGGGAAAACUUGUUCCACCUGACAUAACCAGUAAACUUCAAGUGAAAGUGAACAGAAGAGAUAAAAUACAUGAGUUGCUUCGCCAUUAUGACAUACGCAAGGAUAAUGGAUUUGGCACACUUUCUUCGUACAUUAAAACAGUACGCGAGUCGAGGGGAAAGAAGGCAUAUCCACUUAAAUUAUUUGAAGGAAACUUUGUCGCAAAAUUUGAUGGAAGCAGCUUCAGACUAGUUCACACAGGACUUAGUGUUACCUGGUCUUCGUCUUCUGUUGCUGGCAAAUCAGAAAAACAUAACACAUCGUCCGAUUCCCCGAAUAGUCCAUGCACCCAACUGUUUGACAGCACGCAGACAACUAAUAUGGAUGACCCGUCGAUGACAAAAGUCACUGAGCAAGAUAAGGCACAAAAGGUCAAGGUCAAGGACUUGCUGGAAAAGUUGAAAGCCAAGAAACAGCUGAAAGAGGAGAGACGGGACGAUGACUACACGAGUUUGAAUCCCAACCCUGGGCCCAGUACUGAGACGAAUAUAUACAACAGGCACGUGACCAAGGCUCAGAGGGAUCUGGCUAACGUGGAGAAACAUGUAAACAGAUGCAGAACGAUGAUCUCCGACGUGAAGGGACUGUUUGAUGGGCACCCAGCCCUGUCCCUUCCAAGGGAGCAGGCAUGGAGGCAAGAGCUAGCUGACGUUGAGAAGGGACUGACGUUCCCGAGGACGGUGAUAGCUGUGGUAGGGAACACAGGAGAGGGAAAGUCCAGCCUGAUGAACGCAGUGCUCGACCAUGGCAAUGUCCUGCCUACUUCCGGCCUGCGGGCGUGUACAGCUGUCGUGGUAGAGGUUGAUCAGAAUACAACUAGCAACAGUUUCGAGGCAGAUAUCGAGUUACUACAGAGCAAGGAAUGGUUUGACGAGCUACAGAUACUGCUGAAAGAGUUACAGGACGACACAAACAAGAAGAAUGAUGCGUCCGCCUCCUACUGCAAGGUGAAGGCCGUGUAUGGUCGGAUUGGCUCAUUCGAGAUCCUGUCUGAAAUAACCGACGUUACCAACAUGCUUGGCAGCAUUAUUCACAUCCAGGAAAAUGACCCCGAGGAAUUCCGCCUCCAAAUAGAAAAGUACAUUGCGAAUCUGGACUCACGUACCGGAGGUCAAUACUGGCCGAUAGUGAAGCACGUAAGACUACGAAUGCCCCAUUGUGAUGUGUGCAGUAGUGGGACCACACUGGUCGAUCUGCCGGGGGUGAGGGACUCGAAUGCUGCCAGGGAUAAGAUUGCCAAGAAUUACCUGAAGAACUGCACGGCAGUAUGGGUUGUGUCUAGUAUCCACCGAGCCAUCGAUGACAAGACGGCCAAAGACUUGCUUGGGGAAAAUUUCCGGCGCCAGUUGCUCAUGGAUGGACAGUACGGCAGUAUCGCCUUCAUAUGCACCAAGACUGAUGUCAUCACGCCCUCAGAAAUCAUCAGGUCACUUAAUCUAAAUGAGAAAACAAAAGAAUAUGAGGAAAACGUGAAAAACAUGGAAAAUAUGAAGACCGCUGUUGUCAAAGAGAUCGCUAACGUCAACAACGUGUUGAAUGAGGAGCUGGAGAUUAUUCAGGAGUAUAAGGAAGAGUUGAAGACCAAGGAUGCCCUGAUCAGGGAAAACGAGGACCGGGACACGAACUGCUUCAGCAGCAAAAGGAGGCCUAAAACGUCCCUGGAGAAAACAAUUUCCCAAGAGAGGAAUAAGAUAGUCGCCAUCUGCGCCCUGGCUAGGAACGACUACUCUAGCUCACAUAUCAAACGAGACUUCAAGGAUGGUUUAAGAGUAGGUUAA